UUUGACUACCCGCCGUGUGUUAAUGAUAUCCACAAAGUGAAGUAUAUUCCGGAUGGUAGUGUCGGAAAUUAAUUAAAUGUUUACACACACACAUAAAAAUUUACUUUGUGAUAUUUUGAUAAUAAGUCCACGUGGAUUCAUAUUUUUCUUUAAGAUAUGAUGAACUACCUUCUCCGCUGUCAAACAACACAACACAGUUUUAUAUUGAUGACCACUGUUCCUGAUAGAGGAAUAAAAGUUAGAUACUUUUAAAAGAUGUGGACUAAUUGUUAGUAGACUGAUAAAAUCCAAGAAAAUUCCAAAGACAAGAUAAGUCUGUGAUAAUUGUGAUAUUAGUUAUACCAAGUAUAACAAAACUUCUACAAUGGCAGGAGCCACAUUAUCAUAUAGAUAUACUUCAUUAGGACUGUGUAUAAUAUUCUAUAUGACAUUGACCUUAGUUGCAACCCGGUCAUAUAAUGAAAAAAAUUAUGAGGAUUUAAUACGACAAACAUACCGAAGUAAUCGGAGAUACUACGGACCAAUUAGCGAGGAUCGAAGUCGAAGGACUCGCAGUGAGAAGCCCAACAUAAUUUUGAUAGUAACUGAUGAUCAAGAUGAACAAUUAGGAUCGGUAUCAACAAUGACAAAGACAUUAAAGAUUAUGGGUAAUGAAGGAGUAAGAUUCAACAACUCUUUUGUAGCCACACCUAUGUGCUGCCCAUCACGUAGUACUUUACUAACAGGUCUAUACCCACACAAUCAUCAUGUAUAUACAAACAAUGAGAAUUGUUCCGGGAUAGAAUGGCAGAAGGUUCAUGAACCACGGACGUUUGCAAAAUACCUAAGCGAUGCUGGCUAUCGUACAGGAUAUUUUGGAAAGUACCUGAAUGAGUACAAUGGUACUUACAUUCCACCAGGUUGGAGAGAGUGGGUAGGGUUAUGUAAGAACUCCCAGUACUACAACUAUACACUAAACUUUAAUGGACAGAAAGUGAAACAUGAUGACAACUAUUAUCAGGACUAUUUCACUGACUUGAUAGCCAAUGACAGUAUAACGUUCCUCAAGCAGAGCAAACAGUAUUUUCCAACCAAACCAGUUAUGAUGAUGCUGAGUGUACCUGCCCCACAUGGUCCUGAAGAUGCAGCCCCACAGUAUCAACACAUGUUUGAAAAUAAUACAUUACACAGGACACCAAGUUGGAACUAUAUGAACAACUCUGAUAAACAGUGGCUGUUGCAACGUAUGAAACCAUUGGUACCAAUAGCUGAAAAAUUCACAGAUAUGUUACAAAGAAAACGGUUACAGACACUACAGUCUGUGGACAGCUUAGUAGAGAAGGUGCACUAUGAAUUACGCCUUCUUGGUGAACUAGAUAAUACCUACAUUAUCUACACGUCGGACCAUGGGUAUCAUUUAGGACAAUACGGCAUUGUUAAAGGGAAGGCAUUGCCGUACGACUUCGACACGAGAGUUCCGUUAUUCAUUAGAGGCCCAGGAAUACUGAGAGAUACAAAAAUACCGAACAUGGUUGGGAACGUAGAUCUAGCACCUACAAUACUGGAUAUGGCUGGUAUUGCAAUCCCGGAGCAUAUGGAUGGUAGAUCUCUCAUGAAACUCAUCAAAAUGCACAAGAUUACGCUAAAUUUGGAAGGUGACUUUGUAGAAACAAGAAGACCAUGGAGAGACUCAUUCCUGAUUGAAAGAGGAAAAGUGACAAAGAAGCUGACGAAGGUGUAUGAACGAGAGCAAGAUCGGAAGAUCCUGGAGGACCAUGAGGAUGAGCUACUGCCAUAUGCCAACUCCAAAUUAAGACGCACACUAAAAAUAUGUAAAGAUCCAAACAACUUACCUCCAUGUAAAAUGGAUCAGAAAUGGGUUUGUUUCAGAGACACACGUAACAGAAAGCGUAUUAAGAAAUGCAGAAAUUACAACAGAACAGUAGCUGUAAGUGAGGUAGAAUACCAGAAAGAUUCUCCAGAAGUACCAGCAAGGUCCUACAAUCUACCACCAGCAAGUAAUAAAAAUAACCCAAAGUGUGAUUGUACCAAAAAGUGGCAGUAUGGUAAACACAUGACCCCAGCAGAGGAAGCUAUGCAGAGGAACUUCUUGAGAAAUCACAUUAAUGACAAAGACUUUGAACCCAGAUUUCUAAGAAAAAAGAGGUCAUACUAUGAGGAAGAAUUAGACUGGAAAAAGAGACUCAUUGCACAACAGCUAGAAAACAAUAGACAGCGAUGUAGAUUUUACCCAAAUAACACAUUUGCUUGUGACCGUGAUCUUACAAGAGAUCCAGAGAAAUGGGAAAGUCAUAAACUACAACUUGAUGAGAUGAUUGAAGAAACCAGGAAACGAUUGAGGAAUCUUAAGAAAAUAAGAAAGAAUAUGAAAAAGCAGAAAAAGAAGUUAAAGAGAGACAAGAACCAGUAUAGCAGCAAUGGUUAUCAGCACAGUUUUGACAAUGACUUCCCAGAAGAAGAUGAUUAUGAUGAUGAAGAUAGUGAAGACUACAAUGAUGCCGAGAACUUCGGUGAUGAGGAGUGUAACUGUGAUGAAGAUUUUGAACUUCCACCUGAAUUGUCAGGGUACGGUGACAAUGUUUUUGAUAAUGAGGACGACUCCUCGGAGGAAUAUAAUGUACAGGCUUACAACACGGGGAAGAAAGGAAGAAACUGUAAUCACGAUGACUUGAAAUGUACAACACAUCACAACGGUCAUUGGAAAACACCACCUUACUGGAACCUUGGUCCAUUUUGUUUCUGUACGAAUGCAGUAACCAAUACAUACUGGUGUUUGCGCACAGUGAAUGAAACACAUGAUUUCCUGUACUGUGAAUUCAUUGACAGUUUUCUCAGUUACUACGAUUUCAAAACUGAUCCAUAUCAGCUAGAAAAUAAGAUUACAAGAUUAGAUUAUGGAAUAAUGCAGCAGUUACAUGAAGAAUUAUCAGAGCUGAGAAGAUGUGAAGGAUGGAAGCAGUGUAGCAGGAAGAAAGAUGACAAUAACACAGAGAAAAAGCGACGUAGACGGCGGCGGAAAGUAAAAUCUCAUCACCGUAGAAGAAGGAAGAGAUUACUGGCAUAGACUACUGCUGAUCUUUAAAAACUGUUAAUGUCUAAUUUACAGAAUCUUUCAGAAAAAUUGUAUGUCUGAUUUUUAGGAUUUUGUCCUGAAAAACAUAAUUAUGUGUUAUUGAUAGAAGUUUUUCAGAAAAGAAACAUUAUUCUUUAUUUAUCGAUUUACUAUUGAAAAAAAUCUGUCAGAUGUAUAGUAUGUUAUCAACAAAAAAGGUGAUGACUUUUUGAUGGAGUCUUGUGAGAAAAAUAUAUGUCUGAUUUAUAGGCUUUUCUUAGUAAAAAAAAAAUUGUUGGAAUGAUAUUUUCAUUACACAAAAAUAUUACAGGUAUUUGAAAGGUUCUUGUCAUAUAAAAAUUAUAAGUCUGAUUUAUAGAAUGUUGGCAGAAAAAAAUCAUCUGAUUGAUAGAACCCUGCCUUAAAGAAAAGAAUGUCUGAUCUAUAGAUAUAUUUCUCAGAAAACAAAUAUGUUUGAUGUUUAGGAUCUUGUCUGUAAAAUAUUGUGUGGGAUUCAUAGAAUUUUGUCAGAACAGGUAUAUUUGGUUGAUAGACUCUUGGAAGUUAAUCUACUACUAAUAAAUCAAGCCUUGUUAGAUGAUGAGUAACUUCUAUUUGAUAGAAUCCUGUUUUAAAAGUAUUGUAUUUUAUUAAAUUAAUCCGACUUCAUGCCAGUCAUUUCAUUGCAUUAAUAUAAGGCCAGUAUUUUGUUGUAAUAUCAGAAAAUCCUUUGUGUAUAACAGUGAAUGCACCUCAGAAACGUAAUGUUAUCAUUUUAUAUACCAGAUUAACCCAUAGCCUGCUAAAUUUCUAUAAUGGACUGGUCCAUCAUUCAAUUUUGGCAAUAUCAUUUAUCAUUCGAAGGGGUGUUCACUGAAAAUUUACUGACUGAAUAGCGAACAAUGGUUUGCACUGGUCACAAAGGCAGAAUCACUUGUGGCCAGCAGGCUAAAGAUUAACGAGUAACAGUCAAAGAGUGUAGAUUCACACUUGUAUAUUUUAAUAAACAUCUUGUGUGUCAAAUUCAUUACCAAACUUAGAGAUACACAUUUACAAAAUACUUGUAACAUACGAAUUUUGUAGUUCAGAAUGUGUGCUGUGUAAUUAAUAACUCAAUUUAUUGCAUUAGUCCAAGAUCUGUGAAAUGAUUUAUGAUAAAACAAGAAAGAACAUAGAGUGACAUCUUGCAAAGUGUCAUGAUAACCAAAUGAGAUCUUGUUUAUCAAUGAAGAGGCUUUAUUUCCAAUUUACUUAAAUAAGUGUCUGGGUGUUUGCUAAACUGAUCAAGGUGAUUUCAUGAGAAUAUGGCCAGUUUAUGAUUUUGUUGUUUAUUAUUUCUUUGCACAAGUUAAAGUGUUUGAGAGGGAUAGGGUGAUGUUUCUACCAAAGGUGUUUGAGGGGUGGGGGGAUGUUGUUUUUACCAAAGGUGUUUGAGAGAGAGAGGGUGAUGUUUCUACCAAAGGUGUUUGAGAGAAAGUUGGGAGGUGAUGUUUCUUUUGCCAUAUAUGUUAGGGAGGGAAGUUGUGUGAUGGUGUUUCUCCCGAGGAAGUUUGAGAGGGAGGGGUGAUGUUGUUUUAUACCAAAGAGGGGAAAAUAUGAUGUUUUUGCACAAAGGGGCAAAACAAUACUAAAUUAAGUAUUUUAGACAAAAAUAUUUGUUACUAGAAAUGGCAAUGUUUACUGGAAAUAUUUUUGUUGUGUGAAGUUCGUAAUGUUUUAGAAUGUUUAUAUAUUAUCAUGAUAUAUAGUAUGUAACUUUUUUUUCUUUAAACCAAAGUUUUCUCAUAUUUAUAUUAUGUACUUUAAUACUUCUUUAUUAUUGAUAGAUCAAAAUAGACUUUUAUUGACUUAACAGGUUUUUUCUAUAGAAAUUUUCAUUCUUCCCAAACAAAAAAAUUUGCUUCUAAUAUUGAAGCAAAUGUACAAUAAAGGUUUGAAAUUUUCUAUAGAAAAUACUGAAUUAUGUGUUACAUACAGUGAAACCUGUCUAGGCAGACACCUCUGUUAAGCAACCACUUUUCUUAAGCAGUCACAUUUGCUGUUUCUCAUUUCUAUAUUUUCAGAGCAAAUUAACCUGUAGUAAGCAACAACCUGUCUUAAAAGGUCACUUUUGCUCCUUCCUCUGACUGACUGCUUAAGACAGGUUUGACUGUAUAUGUAUUAUGUAUUUUAUCUUAAUGUCAUUUUUUAAUGAAACUGCUGUUAUAAUGUUGUGUUGAUACUAUGUGUAUAUAGAAUACAUGCAUAUACUAUACAUUUAAUAUCAUUGAUUUAAAUAUGUAAUAGGGCUGUAAUUGAGUUGCAGUUUUACCUAAUCUUGUCCAUGUGACUUAAAACUUUACCAGAUAAAUAUGUAGGAAAGAGCACAAUGCUACCAGGCAAAAUGUAGAAAGUAUGAUCCUUGGGUAAGGUCAGCUUCUUAGUUUAUACUAAUUUAUUUUAGCUCAGUUGUGAUGAAAGCUUUAAGCUUAUUUAAACCACUCUCAAGUCCACUUCCUGGAAAAACCAGUACUGGUGUCAUAUGAGAAGUCAUGGUCGUGACCUCAGUGGGGCUCGAACCCACAACCCCCGGCUGAGCUUCUUGAAGUGAGAUUUGUCACCCAUUAAAUGGACAUGCCUCCAGCAAAACAACAUAAUUCUAGGAACAGAUUGCAGCAUAUAUGAAAUUUAAUUAAAAAAAAGACAUAAAUUAAAAAUCCACGAGUAUAACAUAAAUUACAGCUAAAUUUCUUUUUUGUAUAGCAUAUUUAUCACAUGACUAAUACAGUUUUGUUUUCGCAUAUUUUACAGACAAUAAUUUUUAUAAAUACAUAUUACUGUAACUAUUUAAAAUUACUGACAAAUGAAAGUACUGUCUUGGUAAAAUGUGGCAUAAGUCCUGGAGGUGUGCCUGUUUAGAUGUUGCCAGACAUGUUCUUUGGUGUGUGUUGCUCAUACCUACCAGGAGAUAUUGCAUCUGUCUUGCUUUGAUGUUACACAUGUAGUUUAACCUUUACCCUGCUAAAUUUCUAAAAUGGACUGGUCCAUCUUUCAAUUUGGACAGAGCCAUUAACUGUUAAAAGGGGUGCUUACCAAAAGAUACUGACUGAAUGGCGAACAGUGCAGAUCUUGAGCAGACUGCAUGGAUGUGCAGGCUGAUCAUGAUCUACACUGGUUGCAAAGGCAGAAUCAUGUCCAGCAUGAUAAGGGUUAAUACAUGUAUUGUUUUACCUGUGCAAAUAGCAAAACAAAAUAUUUGUAGAAUUAGAUCUAGUUGGUAAAAACUCCAAUAAAAAUGGUUAACUGUCUUCUAAAGAUUAUGUGUUUGUUCAAAACAACUAAUUUCUUUGUUAUUUUUAUUGUCCCCCACCUUUUUCAAAGAAAAAAUGGGGGACAUAGAACUGGACUGUCUGUCCUUAUGUCCACUCCACACACCUUGUGUCUGGUCCAUAACCCUGCCAUCCCUCUAGGGGUUUUGAAAUUACUUUGCACAAAUGAACACUGUUAUGAGACAACAUGUAGCGCGUAAGACCAAGACCCCAGAUUCUAAGGUCAAGGUCACAUUUGGAAGUCAAAGACUUCAGGUGGUUGAUAACUGCGAUGAAUAGAUUGAUAUUCAAAUAACUUGGCAUAGUCAACAUAAGAAAACAGUAUGUCACAUGCAAGACCCAGACUGCUAGCUCAGAGGUCAAGGUCAGACUUGGAGAUAAAAGAUUUUUUGUCUGUAACAUUUUAGUGGAUGGAUAGAUAUUCAAAUGACUUGGCAUAAAUAUUCACCAUUACAGGAUGACAUGUCAUGUGCAAGACCAAGACCUCAAGCUCAAAGGUCAAGGUCAAAGGGGCCAAAGUUAACUUUCAUUUAUUGUUGGUAUGUAUAUAAUUAUGAUUAAGUACAACACAUGUAUUUUUUCCAUUUUCACACUAAUUAAAAAAUUUAGUUAUAUUCAAAGUAAGUUCUUUUAUAUUGGCAGAUAUAAAAA